AUGGAAGCAACAAUUUAUGAAGAUCAAAGCUUCUUGUUGCCAAAUAAAAAUUCCUACACACAAGACAAUGGUAGGCUAUGGUUAAAUUUAGCGAAUGAUUGCAAAACUCCCGGUAGACGAGAAGACUUUGAUAUUUCUGAUUUGUUGAGGUCUCCCGACCUAGGGAUUUCGUCGCCAGACCUCGAAAUGAUUGUGUGGCGAAAUUUCCCAGAGACUUGCUCGAUAAAAUUGGAAUCCCAUUCGCCUCCAGCACCACAACUUUUGGUUCCUCAGGAGCCGGAUUUUACGAACCAGCAAGUUACCGCGGAACAGGAAGUGUUUGCCAGGGGAUUUACCGACGCCUUGCAACGUCUGCGAGAAGAAAGAGAAAUAAGCCAAGCACGCAAAUCCAAAACACCUCCGGCAGAUGAAUCAAUCCAAGUGAUUGACGCCGACUCGAAAUGCACUUUCAUCUCUUACAGAUUUGAUUCAUUUCACCGCUUACCGUCUUUUCAAGAGACUUUUUUACCUGUUAGGUUGGCUGGUACAAUAAAAAAUAAAGAGGUGGACAGAUUUUCGCCUUGUGAACGGGAGCCGCUCGAAGGCUCAGAAAUUUCUGAAUGGUUUAAAGUGGAGACUUUGGAGGAAGGAUUCUCUGGGCAAAGACAAAGUUCUCUCAGAGAUGGUCUGUUUAAUCCGUCCAGCGAAGAAGAUUCAGAUGAACCUUCCUUUAAUUCUCCUUCAGCCCACAGUCCCGAUGCUGAGGAAUUUCGUUAUGAGGAUUUCGAAAACGAGAUUAAAGCUGCAGAGGAUAGGGAGCUGUUUCAUAAUGGCGUCCACGAGCAGGACAACGUUGGAACCGAAGGUGAAUGGACCUACGAGAAAGACAGCUUUAUUCAAAAUGCCCCAACACCAAAACAUUGGCUCGCAGUCCAUACGAAGCUCUAUAACAUGUCUGUAUUAAAACAGGAGGAAGACACCGUAGUAGAACAACCUCAAGCGGACGCAAACAUACCUGGCGAAAACAUCAAUGUGCAAGGGUUCAUUAAAAUGGAGCGAAGAAAGCAGAAGAAUCGUUUAGCGGCGUGGAAAUGCCGUCAGAAAAAACUUAUACGCGAAUCAAGGCUUGCGACAACCGUUGAAGAGCUUUAUGCGGAAAAUUCCAGACUAAUGGAAGAACUUGAGAAGUUAAGAAGAAAAAGACAACAAUUAGAGCAAAGUUUUAUUAAACAUGUGACUAGUGGAUGCGAGGAAGCCCACAUACAAUACACGGAGAGUUUUAACGUCGACAGUUAACACAAAUGUUUUUUCUCAACGAUUAUUUUUGACUGGGUGAGUACAUCUGAUGUUAACUAACCGCAGAAAUUUUCUUUGAAAACUACUUGUGUAUUUGCUCUACAAUAAUUCUUGCAGUCCGGCGUAGGCAAAUUGAUCACCACAGCAUGUUUUGACCCAGGUUUAGUGGCGAAGUUCCUCUGAAAAUGCCUGAUUAUGUUUUAUUCCAUUUGGUUAUUUCUACACAACUAUAGCUUACUUUGGGCGUCAAUUUCACUACCGAGUCCUUUUCCUUUCAAAUGACUUCCAUAUUCCUCUUGCCAUACAUCGUUUAAAAAAUAAAUCUUGUUCAGACAUUUUGACUCGCUAGGUAACCAAGUGUGAUAACAAUAUCGACCGUUUACGCAAUUUAGUGCCAAUGCAACACCUUAGGCGGGGAAAAAAAUGAUUGGCAAGGGAUUAAAUCUUCCAUGGAAGAACUUGUAAGUCAGACCAUCUUUUUUGAAAUUUCUAUUCACUUUUACCCCGCUCAUUUUGAGCCAAAGAGAUUUCUCUGCAAUUCACUGUCUCUAAGUUCGCUUUCAUUAAAAACGGCUGAUAAAAUUAUUCGUUAAUCCAUUUUUUAUUCCGUACUCGGCCCUCAUUAUACCGUUGUAACAAACUGGCAAUUUUUCGUCCGAAACACAAAUGAAAGCAUGGUCGGGUGUAGAACUUUUUUCCCCCAAACUGAGCACGCAUAAAGAGAUGCAGCAAAACCUCUGACCGUUGGACAGGUAUAAUUGUGUGCCACUAAGCUAAGAGAUUGUUGUCGGCAACACUGUGUAAUGAAAGGUGGCAGCAAAAAAUGAAAACCUUAAUGUGAACUAGUUACUAAAAAAUUUAAAACUUUCUUUGUCUUUCGAGUUUAAUAUUUUCGGCCCCCUAAAUCAAAACGAUAGCCGUCCUCAGGUCUGUGGUUCCUUCUCUAAAAUCCCGAUGAACGGUGGAGCCUUGUUCAUUCAAGCCUCUCAGCUAAUAUUUGGUAUUUGUAGUCGUGAAAAUCAGGAGAACUCUACUGUGCAAGUAAAUCAUUUGACUGAAGAUAUCGGCUUUCUGUGCAAUUACCACUAAAUACAGUCAAACCUCGUUAAUACGGGAACUGAGGGUGAAUUUAGUAAGGGCUUUCCUUCCCCAGGGGCGAAUCAAACUGUCUGUAAUUAUGAGGUGUCCGUAUUAAGCGGUCGUCCCUCAAAGUAGGGGCGGAUCUAGGGGGAGGGUGCAGGGGGUGCCCACCCCCCUGAGAUGACCUGCGGCAUUCUAAUAAAACUGGCAUUCUGUAUUAAAAUUUGUUUAUAUCACCAUUCAGUUACACCAUUCCUUAGUGGUGCACCCCAAAAAUCCCGGAUCCGCGGCCGCGCCCCCACCCCUUCCCACGGUAAAGCGGGAUUUGACUGUACAGUGUUUCUUUUCUUUCUUCACUUUCGAUCACACCCACCUGAAAUUCAGUCAUAGUAUCAUUUAUUUGCACUGUAAUGAGACGUCUGAUUGUUUUGAUGGGUUUUUCUUUUGAAAACGAUUAUAGCCCUAUUUGGGAUUUAAUGUCUUCAAGAGGUUUUUCCAUGUAGAGGAGAGCAUUUAUUUGUUCAUACCGGGAAGUAAAUGACUUCAGUAGGAGCUGUCUUAAAGAUAGUAUUCAAACCAUAAAAAAGAUUAAGGAUUUGUAACUUUUGGAAAUUGCACUUAUCUUAUCCAGCUAGUUUACAGGCACUCCACUCAAAAACAGUCAAUUCCCUCGAAGACGGACACCUGUGGGAUCCACCAGCACUCUGCGUUCAUCUUAUAGAAAGUCAACUUGAAGGAGUACAGAAAAUCAGGGAGCUACUAUAGGUGUCUGUCUUAUAGGGGUGUCCGUUAAAAUUAGAGUUGACUGUACUAAAGGCAGGCGUUGAGUGCCCAAAGUUUGCCUAAGAGCAAUUUUCAAGACUAGAUUGAACACAAGAAGCUGUCACUUCAAGUUAGCUUUAAAAACUCGAAACUUCGGCAGCCCACGCAUAAGUGCGGGAAAGCCCUGACAAGCCAGUCGCCCGAGUUUUAAUUUGACUAAUUAUAUAGUUCGCGCUAGUUUCGCGGGCGAGCAAGAUAAAGCGAAUGCCGUCUAAGUUGGCUAUCAUAUAGGGCAUGAUAUUGGCCCAACGUAUAGUAAAUCUUUAAAUGGUUAAGCUCGUUCGGUCCACUAGCUGGCUGGAUAUUAGCCUCGUUUUUUUGGCACAUUUAUGGACCUUGACUUCCUCUAUAAAAACGCCAGAACAGAACUUGGCAAAUAUCCAGCCACUUUUCAAUGAGGCAUAUUCGUUAAGAGAGUUGCACAAAGUUCUUAGCCCAUAAAAAAGAAGGUUGGGCGGAGGUAGCCAAAUUUCUUCAAUAAAAAUCAUGUCCACAUAAACAAAGAAGGAAAUAGUAAUGCUAAGACGGGGAUGACCAGAGAAAAAGAGAAACAGAUGAUACAUAUCGUAUGUGGCCCUAGUGGAAGAAUGCCCCUUACAACGAGAAAGCGAGGCAUAAGCUGUAAAUAACAAUGCGCAAUAGCGAUUCAAACUAUCGCGUUUCCAGGAUUAGGAAGAUUAAGCAAAGACGUUUUUAAUCGACGCUCGUCAACCUGACGUGGACUUUUUGUAUACUUCACCGGGCAGUGUUUUUGGUUAUAUUUUUUGGACAAACUGUCUCCAUAAGAGUAAAUACACUUAGCUAUAAAAAUUUGGUAGCGUCAUGUAUAUUUUAAAAAUGGGAAAAGGCCUCUCUUUCUCUUGACGUGCGUCUCUCAAAAACGCCUUUACAUGAGCUCCCCUAUCACACUCCUUCGCAGUAAACCAUGAGGCCUUUUAAAACUUUGUAGCACAGUAUACUGCGCAAUACCGGCCGCUUUCAGUCGCUUGGCACUUCUUCCAAGACAGGAUACUGAAAGGGACCUUACCUCAGACGAUCUUAAUGUAUUAAAUAGUUUAGCACAAACAGAAACAGCGAAGCUUCCUAAAGCAUAACUUUUGAAUGACAAAUGGUAUUAGAAAUACUACGCAGAAGGUUGUGGUUAGAUUUUUUAAAAAUAUUUUGAUAGUUACGACUUUAUUUAUAGCUUAAUGAGAAUAUUAAGCGACAACUAAUUAAAAAAACAGAUUUCCAUAUUUUGAAAUAAAAGAAAUUUUAAAAAACGAUGCUGGUCUCUAUUGCUUUGGCUAUCAGAAUUAACUGUGAAAUUCAUAAGUAUUUUAUAAGGCUUCAUGGUGGCUAAAUCGUCUCCUAAUUCAUCCUAUUACACGGACCACGCCGUGUAGCAAAACCCGGAAUAAUUAUCUGUUACAGAUGAAUAACAAUUCAUAUUCAACGUAAAUACGACAAUUAAUAUCUUGCCCCUUUAUCAGCACCUCUGUGGGUUUUCUUGUUAUUUGCUGAUCUCUUGAUAUGCUCGUGAUAUUUUCUAUGCUCCUGGUAAUCGAUCCUCACAAUUUUAGUAUCUAUGUUCACAACAACUGUAAAAAAUUUAAUACUUUGAAAAUCAAAUUUAGCCGAACCACUUUAACAGUAUUGACACUAAGCUUCGAGUUAGAUUCAAAUUCAGUAUACUCACAAUUGUCAUCGCCUGACGAUUUCAGUGUACCAUUAAGGCGUCCUUGAAUAUAUUGGACAAUUUGCUUGUCGAAGAUUCAAGGAGGAACAAUGAACUCUUAAUUCGAACUUUAUGUGUUAUUAACUGUUUUUGUUUGAAACUUCCCCGUAAUAUUUGUUAUAAAACUUGCGAUUCAGAUUUUUUUUCAAGUCCUCAUUUUGCUCCGGGACCUAAAUUUAUCGUCACAAAGCCAAGCGGUAAAUUUAUCAUGUGGUAUUUCUCAGUAACUGAGUUGAGAUAAAAUUUAGUUCGCCUCGGUAAAACAAACGUAAAAGCACGUACUAUGAUGUUGCAAAGGUAUUUCGAAAGAAAAAUUCCCUGAAAUUAGUUGGUUUUGAAUCACUUACUCUGCGGCUUUUACGUUAUUUAACUCUCUCAUCAGAUUUAGCUCUUAAAUUUAUGGCGUUAAGUUUUUUUGAUCCAAAAUAUCAAGGAACAUCUUUUAACGUUAAUCCAGUAUAAUAGUUCGUCGAUCGAAGUAUCAAUGUAUCCUAUUAACGACAAGAAUUUUCACUUGAAAAAGAAAAUCUGCGCUCGCAGUAUAUGUUUCGCCAACACCCGAUUGACGCACUUCAAUAAAGGUGGCUUUUCAUAUGAUGCAGUAAGAAUUAACAUCUCCGUGGUCAAAAACAAAAGAUUUAGCGAGAAACAAAGGAACUGGUUACACGGGCUGCUGCCUUGCGAAAACUGAAUACGAAUCCGAAGCAGUUAAGUCAAUACGACAACAGGCGCGUGUUCAACAAGUGUAGAAAUCUCUUUCAGAGUAUUUGAAUUCACGGUUGACGCUUUAUUGCGCUCUGGGGUCAGUAGAGGGCCAAAUAAGACUUAACGCCAUACCACUUCGCUGAGAUCAUUGCGAGCGUCUCGAAUCGCGCUGUCACUCAUGCGUACUAGGCAUCAACAAUCCCUCUGUGUUCUUUCUGACCACCCAUGAUUAAGUUUAUGAGUUUCUUGGACGAUCUUCAAAGCUUGGAAAAGUGAUCCUUAAAGAGGCACUGUUGGAGACGGAAACCGUCUAGGGUUGGGCGCUUUGCGAGGUAUGCCUUGAUUUCGCUUAGCGCGAGUUUGUUGGUUUGAUCUGCGAUUUUUUAGCAAAUGUUGGCUGGUACUUUAAGUACGUGAAGGAUUUAACUACCAGUAUCAAUAUUCCUUUAAAUCCAUUGGUUGUUUCAGUUUUUAAGCGAGGCCUAAGAUAAAAAGUCAUUUUCUUGCAUUAAUUCUCGACUCUUCAUCAAUUUAAAGUUCGUCUAGUACACCCUUUGAACAGUAUUUCACAGCCACGGCUCAAGUUUUGUCUAUAUCGUGUUGAGUUCUGUCAUUAAAAUGAGACGCCACUGAGACAGAACAAUGUAGACGAUCAAGCUUUUGUCAUAUUUAUAACAUAAACGAAAGUUGUUUUCAAAAAUAUUUUUUUCUCUAUAUUUAAAAUUGCUUUUAUCGCUUAGCAAAUAUCGAUUGUCUUUCGAUCACGUCACAUGUCAACAUAGGCAUCUUAGAGCGGGUACCUAAGAUUUGGCACUUCGGUCAUGUUCAAAUCUUAUCAUUUUUUUUACCCAAAUAAUUUUUUUACCAAGCCUUGUAUAGAACAAAGAAGCAUGAAAGCGUAGUGAUAAGAACACGUAUGCAUCCCUGAUAUACAGUAAUUACACUUGAGAAUGAAAUACGACUCAUUGUUUGCUCUUUGAACUAAUUCACUUUAGAAUUUAAGUUACCCUAAAAAAUCAUCUUGCAAAUCAUCAAAAACCAACAAUGGCCAGAGAAACUGUCUAUGCUAUAACCAAUAAUUAUUUUUUAAAAUUAAUUCUUGGAGGACUUCAACCAAAGGAUCAAAUGGUAGCACCUUUUUAUACAGUGUAGCAUAACCAGUUGAAAGUACUGCUCGGAGAUUCCCUGCAAUUGACAGGUCUCGCUUUGAUUCGUCUACACAGUGAAACCGAUGAAACAUUUUUCAUGGUUGAAUAAACAGCAGUCAUAGACAACUUAAUACUGUUAAUCUUCUUAAUACGGUGAUCCUGAGACCCAAUUUAAAUUUCACCGCUAUUUUCUUAAAGCUAGGACCGUCUCCCAAGCUCCAAACGAUUAGGGUAGAUCGGAGGUCAAAUACACAGGGGCGUCAAGACUUUUGUUUGUUUAUAAGUAGCGUGUAGACUGGAUUCUGUCUUUCUAGGUCUUUCUACACCGUUCCUCAGUGUGCAGUAUGUCUCUAAGAAAGCCUUGAAGUUUUUUCAAGAACAACGUGAGACACUCGGCAUUAUUUUCACAGGAAUUGUGUUGAGAAAAUAUCAUGGCUCCAAUUAAAAUCAUCUUCAUUUAUUGCGACAGGGAUGUGCCACUAACAGUGUACUUUUUACGUAAAAGUGUCAGCAAGAAGCAACUAAACUUCGCUGGUACUAUUAAAAUUUUGAAAAUGUUAAAAGACUGAUUCUCUCCGAACAUACCCACGAAAGUGAAAAAAAAUCUAGUGUGUUAUACAGAGGUUCAAUGAAGUAAAGCUAAAUCAUUUGAUAGAGGCAGUCGCUAACCAUUUGAAUGAAUUCAAACAAACCAGUGAACUUGAUAAAGAGAAUUGAAUUUCGAAAAUGUUAAAAUAUAACCAGACCGCUUCCCUCCAAAACCUUCCCACGACUGAAAAAGGUCUAGUGUCAGGAGUUAUGUAUGAGAGGUGUACUUUAACCUGAAGCUAGGCGUAGAGGCAUGUUUUCACGCUCGGCUUUGUUAAUCGUUUACCAUUUGAAUGAAUGCAAACAUGUUCCACCAAUCCAGUGAACCUGAUAAAGAGAACUGUAUGGUGAAUGCUUUUAACGACGGGUUCCUACGGGUCUCUUUGUCUUCCUGAAUAUGCUUGAAGCAUUCUACAAAUUUACCGACCCUUAUGAACUUGCUCCGUUUCAAUGUAAAAGUGUUCACUGAUUUGGCAGCACUUAGAUUCCAAGGCUCGCUUCCUUAGGACUUUAUACGCCUUUGGGUGGGACAAGUGUGCCAAGUCAACUCUCGGGAGUCAACUUAAUUCUCAAGUUAAAAGAAAACGUGUCUAAGUUCUCUUGCUUAAUCCUCGAGAAAACGCGUGGUAACCGUGGAAAUUUGGAGUACUCGUGCAGGCAAACAGUAAGUUAAACAUUAUAUUGCCAUUUCCAAGUUUUUAAAUUGGAUAUUUAGGUAAUUUAAAACAUCACCUCAAGGACUGGUCCUAUUUAGAUUUGGUACUGGAAUCUUUUCUGUGCUUAGUGGCCGUCUCAAGAUUAUGGCAAACAUUUCGCGGUUUCUGUUUUUCACUUUUCGUCUUUAGAAUGCAACUGUCAUUUCUUCACACAGUUUGCUCCUGUUUAGUCAGCCAGACGACAAAGGUUGGCCUAAAACGGGAACAGUUUUUCCAUAUUUGUGCUAUUUUAAGGCUGUCCAGUUACAAUCCAAACAUAACCGGAACUUAUGUCGUAGAGUGAGUAAAAUAAAGGGACGGAACAGUUGUAACUGAUUGGGUAUUAUGGUUUGUAGAGCACAUUUUGAGUGGCUAGCGAGUGAUCUGCCUACCCACAUAAAAAGAUAGCGUCCCGGCAGGUCAUAAGUGAUUUGUCAAGCUACUUGACCGUUUCCUUCCAAAGAACGUCCAAAAUAGUAGUCAUUAGAGCAGUGUCUCCAACUUCACUUUGUAGAAUAAUGAGAAACUAAUGGUACCAUGGAAACAUCAUUGACAAGGUAGCAUUCGUGAUGAUUCAUCUGUUCAUGAUAAAACUUUGUCACUGACCUUAAAGUAGUAGAAUUCUGGGCGUUGCUAGGGGUACCCUGGGAGCAGAGGCCCUUUGAUAGAAGGGCCUCUGCUCGAAGGGUAUGCUAGGGGCAGUUCUAGUGGUUGCCCUUUCAAUAAAUUUGCUUAAGUCAGUCUAAAGGUGGCAGUAACGACAAGCAAGAAAAAGUUAGAAUUAGACGCAAAAUUUUCUUCACUUCCUUCAGUUCAAACUGAUUGUCUCUCGAAACCCUCGAAACCGCAAUUCUAAGUACUUUCCUGAAGAGCUCAUCCCACCGGUUCCCAUAAAUCUUCCUUUUUUGGUUUUGAUCCGUUAAUGUUCCUUGAAAAUUUUUAUGGAGGUCGAUCCUUGUUUAAAGUGAUUAAAAUAUAAAAGCAAUGUGUAACUAAAGACUUCACGUAAACUUUUACCAGAAUGCUACUUUUCGUAUUUGCAGAGGGUCUGUAAAAAUUGUAAUUUUAAGGAGGCUUACACUCCUGCGGUCCUUCACUGAACACUAGUAUUUCACUCGAACUGUUUUUAAAGUGACUCUAUCAUAAAUAGUUUUAACUCGCCCCAUGAAAAGUGGGAGGUCACUUUAUACUACUGCAAACCUAAUAAAAAGAACAAAUCAAGAGCGUUAUAAAUCAUACCCUUCAAACAAAUUGACAUGUACUUGAAAAAAUCUUCAUUUGGUGACAUUAGGCUGUAUUUGUAUUCAUGGGAAAGUACAGUUUUAAGUGGUUAGUUUGCUAGUCUAUUCAUCUCUAACACCAAUUCUUGGUUGCUAAAACUGCGUGAUCAACAGCUCGUUCAAAUUUUAUAGUUUGGAGGUGUUCGACAAUAAAAAAUGGAUACUAGUUAAAAGAUAAAGAACGUAAAAGCAAAAGGACAUACACGCUACCAGUUAGUGAAAUGUUUACCACUGAGCAUCACUGAAUAUUUAUUGAUCACCUUUUCUUCAUUUCGGAGAAAAUCGUCAAGUUAUUUUGAUUAAAUGAACCAAUGUGACUUAUUUUCACGCCUGUGUGAACAUUUCCGCCCCGCUUUAAGGAGAGGUAAUCAACCGAAGAAAACUUUCAUUUAAAAACUAGCAAUUUACAAGAGGAGAUUGACUUAAACUAUGACCUUUUUCUACACAACAAAAAGAAACAAACAAAUAAAUUGAUAAAGGAGGCAUAAAAUGGAAGUUUAUUAGUUUGGGUUUCUUUGAUUUCUAUGAUUGAAAACGAGCAAGGGUUUUUGUGAUCGAUCCUCAUUUUUGAGAAAAUUAUAGUUUUGGUUCGGUAAAAAAGGCCAAAACUUACGGAGGAGAAGGUUCAUAGAAAUUUAUUUCGAACACUUUCUGAUUAUUUUUUUCUUUUCCUCGCUUUGCUCUGCUGUUUAGAUUUAUUCUGCGUUCUCCCACUACCAGAUAUCCUUUCCACUUUUCACUGCUGUCGUUUGCUUUUAUGCGUCCCGUCUUUACACCAGUCGACUUCGACGUCUCAGAAGUUAAAUGCAUCUUGACCAAUUUAACGUCUAAAAAGUUAUUAGCCGGUGAUUUAAACGGAGUUUAACCAGUGUUUAACAAAACUGCUUUCUAAGCCAUUUUCAGUUUGCUCAACUCUUUUAUCUAAACACUAUUUGUCGUAAAGAGUUUCAUGAAAGUAUAUGGCGUAGGCUUGAAAAGCAUUUCUCUUCUUAAAAUAACGUACUAAGGAAGAGGUCUGGAGGUCCAAAGAUUUCCUAAACCGCGGUCUAAGUAAGACCUCGUUUAAAUAACCGACCCUAAAGGUUUGAACCCAAGAGUCAUUUCAUAAGUAAGUUGAGCGUGAACGUAGUCCUAACAGUCCCAUUCAGGACUACGUUCACCCGGACGAUAAUGCUCAACCUACUUAUGAAGUUAACGUCUGUAGCCUAAAAACGGCCAAUAUGGUUCAGUACUUUACUUGAACUGGAAUCUGUUUAACUGCUAUAGGUGGAACUGUCCCUUCCCUCUUGAAACGAUGCCUAUGUAACCAUCACUCCCCGAAUAGAAUCCUUCCUGGCGAUGAGCCUGUAUGCCACCCUGCUGGUCCUCGCCGUCCUGGGACUGGCGCCAAGUUCCUGCGCAGGUAAGCAGCGUAUUCUACUUCACAGAGCCUCCCAUCCCUCUUAUCCUGUCGGCCCUUGGAAGGGAAUGAUGCACUCUGUGAACAAGAAUAGUUAUCAAUAGCUAUAACCACUUGAUAACUACCCAGAAUUGCUGUGCCUAGAUUUUGUUAGAUGUCAAAAUAGGGUAGUGAGUUCUUCUUCGAAUGGGGACGCUUAUCUAACUACAUCGAAACUGCCGAAAGAUUUGAUGGUCGAUUAUAUAGUGGUAGCCUACCAGAGAUUCCAGCUGUGGGCUUUGACUGGAAAAAACAUGUUAGGGUAAUUUCGAUAGGUCGUCACCCCGCAUGGGGAUUGGUUGUACGUAGAGCCUCCACUGUAUUCCCCAGAUCCUGGCUAGAGUAAUGUUUGAUUUACAUAAGGAAAUAUAUGGUGUCCAAAAAUACAUGAUUGAAUCUGACGAUUCAUAAAUUUAGAAAAGAAAUGGAGGGAAUGGGUGGGGGCGCUGUUUAUAAUUUAAGAUUUGGCUUGAGCAAAAGGGCACUUGCUGGGCGGGGUGCUUAUUUAAAUUUGGGACGAUUAUUAAUUCGGGUAUUCUGAUAAGUGACAUAAAUCUUGUCAGCUCAUUCCAACGCUUCAGGGCAGAAUGAGGAGCCAUUUAGUGGCGAAGGGUCCACAGUGGCAGAGGAGGACUGGAAUGGAAAUAGUGGUAAGUAGAGAGGACUUGUAUCUUUGAGCAUAUGAGUAGGCUAAACCGGUUCUAAAAUUCUCAUGUUCUCGAUGCCCAUUAUACAUGUCGACUUAUUGUUGCGCCUGGUAUGAUCAGUAACGCUAUCGGGAUUAAAAACUCCAAAUGAAGGCUUUCUAUUUAUCAUCAUCGUUUUGUUGAGAAAAUACAUUUGGCUGACAUACACGUCCUUGUAAUCCAAAUUUCGUUUAACUUCGCUCUCCUUAAAAUCGUUCAACAAAAGGAGCACGAAAUAUCUUGUUCUCUACCUACCUCCUUAUCAAUUAGAUUGAAAAAAGUUGGUUGCUACUAAAUUACAUUCUGUCUUUUUUUCUGCUGACGUAACUUUAUAGUUGAUGUUGUUGUUGAAAAAGGUUUGUUUAUUUUUAGCAUCAGGCGCAGGUGAAGAUGACCAACUUAACGGAUUUGAUUCUGGUUCGAGCUGGACCGACAAUGGGUAUAAUGGUGAAACCACACAUGAGUUUCCCAGAGUCUCAAGAAAUUAUUCCAACAAGAGAUCCGAGACUUCAGGCGACAAUGGAGACAAAAGCGGGUCAGGGGAGGAUGAUGGGUCGAAAUCAAACUUCCAUGGAAACGAAGACCACGGAAGUACUAACUCAAAGUUUGACUCCUCCCUGGAACUUUCAAAAGGUACUUCCAGUUCCAAAAAGAUUUAUUCGCCAUUUUAAUUUGUUUUUGGUGACUGGGUCGGUGUUGUGACGAAUUGUAUCAUGGCACUGUUAUGGGGGAGGAAUCUUGACCAGUUGCCAAGCAAGUUCAUAAUAGCCAAUGAAAGAAGUGAUAACGUCCCCGAAACAGUCACGUAAUGCAAUUCACAGGGACGGUGGAGCCGGGGAAGCUAGGGGGGCCUUAUCAUCCAAACAUACUCGGGUUCGCUGAAAAAAUAGAUGCCCGUCUUGUUUUUGAUUUGUGCGGACCUGGCUGCGCCCAGCCUGGUUUGGCCUGUGUCCUUCUACAUAUACGUCUUUCGCCUAGAAGAUAAGAUAAAGGAAGGUUUGAUUACAUAGUCUUUUUUGUCUUUUUAGUUGUUGAUGCCGUGGAUAUAUUGAAGAAACUAAAAAAAGGUAUGAAGAAAACAUUGCCUUAUGAAUAAUUCUUGGUUGAUUUAUGUGCAGAUCAUUGUUUUUUUGUCUAUCUGUCUGUUUGUUUAUUGGCUGGUUGGUUGGUUGGUUGGUUUAUCAGGUUCGCUGGCGUUUGAUGGAAAGAAAACUUUUUCAAAUAAAGGCCUUUACAGAGAAAGUUAAACUGUCUUUCUCUUGGGUAGCUCUGUUUCCCUUAGGUGCUGAAGAAAUCCUUCUUAUAGCGUCUUGUCUAUAGUCCCUGACAGUUUAUAAUCCCUGACAAUUAAGCCUUUAAAUUGAAAAGCUAGGGCUAAUACGCAACAGUCUUUACGUGAGAGCAACAUUUUCUCCUUUAAUCUUUUUUAUUGAUUCGUUCCCACAUGUCUAAGCAGUAAUCUAAGGGGGGAGGGGGGGGCUUUUUGAAUGUACCCUAUUUAAUCGACUUUAAAUCAGUAUAUUUUUUGAAAAAAUGAAAGAAGUUUGUCGCUUUUUUCAGCAAAAUCAGACGAAGAGUUGGUUAAAAAGCUUAAGACAGGUAAGAUACUCUCAUCUUAAAAUGAGCCUAGUUUUUCUCUCUGCAAUUCUAUGCCUUAUUGCCUGCAUAUGACGUCACUGGUAAAGCAAAAAUCAAGUUAUAAAGCGUUUAUUUCUCUUUUUUAUAACGUAGGACCUGAAACACUAGGCGUUGCUUUCAAAACGUUUGAACAACUAAGCGGCCUUUGGAUUUCCGUUAUGCAUAGAAUAUGGAGAGUUUGGAAAGCAAAAGGUACGUUGGGUUUUCGUCACGUUUAUCAACUUUAAGUGGAAGCAAUUACUUAGCUUAUCCCCAGGUGAAUACCUUAAAAACACUUCAAAACCAAUCAGAACGUUUCAAAUACUUUACCAGACUAUUAUGCAGGCAAUAAUGUUCAGAAAUGCUGGGAAUAUUGACCGUGAGGGUUAAGUUCACAACAAACAUGUUGUAUUGUACAUGAACGUUUGAAUUUUUGAUUCGUUAAAAUAAUUUCGUUUUGAUGUGAGGCGUUUUCAAAAGAAAAGAAGCUCAUUAUAGUUCGAGAAAUACAGAAAGAUACUUACGUUAACUAACAGUAACUGUUUUAUCGUCCUGGAAUUUUUUCUCUACAAUUUUACAAAAACCCACUUAAUACAACAAAAGAGACGUCUCGACAGUUUGGCAGCGAUGAUUUAAACGUGGCAUCUGUUUACCGUUUUUUUUUCUUGCACAGGUGCCAAAGUAGUGAUGCACUCAAUAGUAGAUAACUUGAUGAACAACACAGGUAGAACAAUAAAACGAAAGGUAGAAGAUUUUCUCAGCAAUAAUACAGGUAAGUCAAAACAACUUUCUUAACCCCAUAACUCCCAAGGUCCGUUUAGAAAUUCUCGUUUCUGGCUGCUGUACGCUUUCAUGGUCACUAGUUAAGAGAAUUUCGGGUUAUAUGAAGAUAAAAUUCUCUCGCUGUUUGAUGCAUUCGGCUAUUCUCAUCAUAUGUCUGCUGAACAAUGCAUAUAUUUAAGGAAAAUCUACAUGACAAUCCCUUCUGGAGAUAAAGGGUUAAGUUGAGAAAAAACCACUUUACCUACCUGGAUAUAAAAUCUAUCUGCCCCGGUGGGUACUUAACAAAGUUUUGUUCGGGGAGACUCCGCCCCAAGGUCCAGCCCCUUAGCCUUUUAUAUAACAUGUUUGACACCCUUAGUAUACCUAUACCUGUAGUAUACCUUCUAUUGACUAAUGGCACCCCUUUCCCAGUCGUUUGUACCCCUUUUUUAACUGCUGUAGAUGCACUGUAUUUAACAUAUAAAUAAAUCACAAAACCUGACCGCUUUUUCGACUUUAUCACAGCCAUAAAUUUCACGUGUUAGUCCCUUUUGGGACUUUUUACAAACCGAAAUGACAGAUUUCCCUAUCCUUUCAUAUUGUUCAACCACUGUAUUACCUACCUGUCCAUAUACCUGAAGCCUGAAAAGGUACCCCCUUUCGGCACCAGCAUCCCCGAAUAGGCCAUAAUAGGGACAUGGUUUCCACCUUCUAGAUUGUAGUCUUCCUUUUAGCAACAUAAAUUAACUUUGCGCCAUUGUCACUGAAUUAUGAAUUGAGAAAGUGAAUUAUGUUUUAUGUUACUCCUCAGUACGCCUUAUGGGACUUUACCCAAUAUGGUAACAUAUAAUUUAUAUUUUUAGGUAUCCCACAGGAAAAAGUGAGCAUUAAUUUUAUUAAAACCAUUCCCAAGGAGGAACAACCAUGGCCUUCUAACAAACGUGAGUUUUACUUUUCGCCUCGUCUGGCAAUCUUCAUCUCCAAAAACAGCGCAUUUCGGUUAUAAAAGGAUGAAAUUUUGUCCAAAGCUUGACAAGGCAAAUGGCUACCGAAGGGGUUAAGCCCCCCAGCCACCUCCGACUGCACUUGUUAACUUUAUACUUAUUGGUCCCAGCAGGACGAGUAUCUCGCACAGGAAAAAAAAUUCUGUAACCAAUCACAAUAAAGAGCAAAAUAUAAUUUCAUUUACUUCAGGUUGAAAUGAUGAGUCUUAUGAUAAUUUUCUCAAAUCUAAUUGCCCAAAUUAAAUAGCGUUUACAUAGGUGUGCGUUGUGGCAGUCGUGCGAUACAGCAAUUCUAGAGGUUACGAUGGGUAUAACACUACCAUUUUGCGGUUAAUACUUCACAAUGCUUGCGUUUGGGCUUUUUUCUAUCGCAUACUAUAGAAAAGAGUCAUUUAUUUACAAUUUUUUUCGUACGUUUUCAGAUGAAAAAGCUACGACCGAGAAGGUAAAGGUGUCGUUUAAGAGAAAAAGUGCAAACACUUCAUCUACGAGCAACACGUCGAGCGGCGCAAACACGGCUGAAAUUGAUAGGGGUGAAAAUAGUUCUAAAACUUUUAAUGGAAGCUCUUAUCACAUGUCCAACGUCGGAUCGAGAACUAAAUGGGGGAAACGAUAUCCUCUAGAAAUGCAAAAGCCUCUGGAGUCUAGAUAUCACAAGAACAUCAAAAAUGUCUCCUCUGGCAACUUUGAAAACCAAGUGGGAAGGAACCGUGAAACAGGAAGGAGAGUGAAGGUCAUGGGUGCUACAGAAGCAGCGGGGAAUGUCUCACAAAUUAGUGAAAAGAGUCAUAUACAGGGAAAACAAGCUGAUAGUCCGAGAACCGUAAACGACAAACAAAAGUUGCAUAAUAACAGCUUUAUAUCGCAAAACCCAGAUACCCAAGGAAAGGAAACAUCACAUGUUAAACAUACCGACACAAUUAAAGGACAUGAUUCUAAAGAAACUCGCAAUAGUGACACAAACAAUUCGCCAGCGAAAAUGACUGCAACUCUUGGAAAAAUAGAGAUGGAGGAAGCAAAACCGACAAAAAACCCAACCAAGAAAUCAAGUGUGUCGGAAAAAGUGAAAAUUAACUUUUUGAUAAAAGGUGAAGCGUCACAGUUAGACCAAAAUAACAGAGACAUUUUUCAGACCAAUACUACUAGAACAGAGAAGAGGCCUCCAUUAUUUGUGCAAAAUGAAACGAAGCCAUUAACUGACUCCAAAGGAAAGUCAGCAGAACUAUCAAAAUCAUUGUAUUUGACUAGAAAUGACAGUGGAGUAGUACGAAAUGGCUCAGACAGUGAUACUGGCCCUCUAUUUGCUGAAAAGCGCUUUGAUAACAAAACUUUAGAGAACAUAACACCUUCCCCUACAAAUUCCAGUUCUCUAUUGGAUGCUUCAAAAAUACAAACAAAUGUUCUUAAAUUGUUUGCACAAAACAAAUCGAAAUCAAAACCUGAUUCUACAGGAAGUGCAGCCGAAUUGUCGAAACCAUCACAUUUGACUACAAAUAUUAGCAGAGAAAAAAAUCCACUGGACAAGGUAGCUUUGAGCUUUCAUGAUAAUGCUAUUGGAAAUAGAUCAGAAAGUGAUAUUGACACUCCUAGGGUCAAAGAGCACAUUGGAAACAGAACUUUGGAGAACUUUGCUCCUAACCCGGCCAAGGCUGAGAAUAUAUUUACAGGGACGUAUAGAACAAAGGAUACACAACAAUCAAAUUCUUCUUUCAAUGAAGCAAGGACAACUACCAGUAGUAAUACCAGUCUUGCAGAUAACUUCGAUAGGAACAAUAAGAUUGAAUCCUAUGCUACAAGAAACGUCAGUAAUGUCCCCAGUGAAGGAGAUUCAAAUAAAAAGCAAGCUGGUGGUUCUCGUAACACAAUGAAUAUACAUGAUAAAAUGAAAAAUAAAGUUCUUGGAAAUUCAACAAAUAUGUUGGAUAAAGGUGUGGUAAAUGCUAAGUCAAAAUUCGAGCAAAAAGGAAAAGUCCUGGAUAAUCGAAUGAACUUAACAGUUGACUCUUCAAACGCAGAACUACAAAAUGAGGAGGAGGAUGUUUUAUCAAAGAAAAGGACUCCCAACGUAGCUCAAGAAGACUUCAUGAAAGUCUCGGAUAAUGGAAGAAACGUAACUGAUUCAAACACAAUACCACAAAACGAUAAGGUGGAUGUUACAACAGAGGAAAGGUCACAGAAGGGGUUUCAAGAGGACGCCCCAAAGGCGAAACACUUAAAUCGUUCUCAAACAGUGACUGGUAAAGCUAAUAGUGCUUUAGUUCUUCAUACACAGGAACAUAAGGAAAAUCAUAGUUCACAGCGAGUCAAAGAGGAUAAUCAAGAAAAACUAAGAAAUGGUAUGAAUAUGAUAGAUUUUUAUUUAUUUAGGCUUAUGUAAGGCUCCCCGUAUCUUCUAAACCCUAAAUGAAAAUGUAACUCCAACAGGGAAUAAUAUCGAUAAUUAUGGGACAAAAAGAAAAAUAAUAUAUAUGAUCCUAGUUUAGAUACAUGUCCUCGCUUGACUUGUUUGAGGAUUCUUUUAAAGGCUACCAAGGAAGUGGCACUUAUAUAAUGCUUAUUUCUUUACUUCAGACAUACAAGAAUCCCAGAAAACAAAGACUUCCUCAGUUACAAGAAGUGCCCUUGACGUUCCUUCAAGGAAUUUAACGGCGAGGAGCAAAAGUUCUUCAGUUCGUAACUCUUUGUCAACUGAUGUUGAAGUCGAUGGAGAAAAGGGUUCUCAUUCUUCCAAAAGUGGUGAUCCAUUUGAGCACGCACUCAAAAGCACAAAAAGGGAUAAGAAAACGUCCCCCGCUGAUUCAAGUAGAAAUAGUAAGACUAAUUCAGGGGUUGAAAAAGAGACCAAGAAUGACAAAGUGGCAGAAAGAAAGGAAACUCAUACUCAAGAAAUUGAUGCUAAGCGAGUGCCAGGACUUAUAGGGAGUAAUACGCAACUUGAUAAAGAACAUGACACAGUGCAUGAUUCAGGAAGUGGAUAUGAUAUGCCACAUGGAGUAAGUGCCACAACAGAGAAACCAGAAAAUCCCACCGCUAACGAUCAAGGUAGUGCCUUGACUAAAGACAAAGCCAAGAAUAAGCUCCAAGGCUCUAAAAGCAUCGUGCGUUUUGAUCCAACAAAAACUUUGGCGUCUAAAAAAGAACGUCACAUGACACGUCAGUCAAAAGGCGUUAAAAAAAGAGAAAGAAAAAGUGGAAUACCAUAUGGUGAAAUCGUCGCAAUUCACAAUUCUCAAAGUCGCAAAAUAAAUGAUCAGGAAAGAACCGUGACUAGAAAAAACAAACUAGGGACAAUUCAGAGAAAGGUGAGUAGCCUGGAGAAAGAUCCCGAGGAAGGUCUGCUGACAGAUAAGAAACAUGGCGAGGUGACACAUCAGUCAAAAGAGGUUUUGACUGCUAGUCCACCACAGAAAGCACAGAAUGAACCGGAGAGGAUUUCCCCUAAAGCAGAAAAGUUAGUUAAGACAAAUAAUGGACUUUUAUCUCAAGGUAAAUCUAACAAGCUGGCAAUUCAAAUUAAGGUGACAUCCAGAAUACCAGACAAAAAAUCAAGCCCCGAUAGCAAUGAUGAAUCCAGACGCCACAGCACUGAACAUUCAAGUGAAGGUAUUUAAGUCCUCUUUUGCUUUUGACUAUUGUUUGUUUUUAGGGUACUUUACAGGAAAUAUAAAUGAGGGUGACGAAACUGAAUGCAGGAAAUGGUACUAAUUGCAGCUUGAAAUUUCAGAACAAUUAGGCAGGACUUUGUAACUGGUUUUCAGGCCCUGCCUACUAAAUCUUCUUUAUUCACGUUGAAUUUACUAGAUGUGUAUUAUAUUUGUCACAACAUUCCAAAGAUGGCCUUGCUCUAUCGUGUGCCUCGCACACCAUGAUUCAAGACACCCUUUGCAGUUUUACAGGCGUGAGAAGAAAACUUGAAUUAUUUAGAAAGUGGGAAACAAAAACCCGCUUUCGAAAAGGUUUUCUUCCUUAUACAACAUGACAAUACUUAGUGGAAAUUCCGUUUUUAACAUUGGUUUAGGCUCUACGUUUUGACGCAAACUUUUGCUAGAGGAAACGUUACUACGUGCUUUCCUUUAGUGUGCUUCAUUUUCUACUCAAGUGGCUUAAAUCCUGGAUCCAGUGGGUAUAAAAAAUAGUUUUUUGGCUAUCAUUUUGUCCAAAAAUGGAACUGGAUCGAAAUUUGGCACACAUAAAGAACUCAUCGUCCUUAACAUAAAAAGUAUUACUAUUGUGUUGCUAAGUCACGUGAUAUGUCACGUCGCCAUUUUCCUGAGACGGGUUUUGGAGCAUGGAAGCAAGUACUAAGAAGAACAUUUUUCUAAUUCAUAUUAGGUAUUUCGAACACUUCACGUUUGGAAUGAGUGUCUACUGCAAAUCAAUAAAAUUUUAUGAGAGAAAACAUCAUUUUAAGUACCCCAGUGUAGUCUUAAAUCAUUCAAAACCUUAAUUUUAGAUCCCAAAAGUAGAAAAUAAAGUAUGUUUAUCCACUAUAUUUAUCCAAAUAGGGCAUUUUCGCCACCAAUUUCCUUUUUUAAAUUUUUGACCACGUCACAUGCCAUGUGACAAUCAUUAUACCACAACGUUGUUUUUCCAACAUUUCGUCAAUGUCAAAAAGCAUUUAAAAACAAAACUGCCUCUCUUUGUGUUUUCAGACAUUGAAAGAAAGGAAAGCCUAAAUGAGACAAAAAAGGAAGUCGGUGUGUCAUCGACAGAAACAAAGCCUCAAAACCAAACACAUGAGGAUAAAGCACAUCCAAAAUCUCAACAAGGUAAAAGCUUUGAAAUAUUGUAGUAAAAGGCACGAUAAGUAUAUUUACUGUUAACCAUAUAUUCUGGUUUUAAACAAAAAGUCGAAAAAAUAAGAAACGUGUUAUCGAAAGGGUGAAUCCUAUUUCUUUUAUAUCUCUGGGUGAUAAACAAAGAUUAAAGAAUUAUUAGAGGGGACCACAAAGGAUAUGUUUCAUCUUUUUCAUAUAAUCGACACUUUUUUGUUAAUUUCUGCUGACAGUUGAUGUGCUAACCUCUCGAACUCCUCCCACGUCACUUCUGACAACAUCAAACGAUGACAACGCUUACAGCAUCAAGGAGAUAGUGCAAGGUAAUUCUGAAAAAUUUCUUUACAAAUAAAAGUAAUAGUGAGCACAAAAUUUGCUCAAGGGGGGGGUUGCCAUAAGUAGGUGAAAUAUAUUGUGGAUGUGAAAGUGACCAUUCACCAUUCAGGAAGCCAGAGAGGAUAAUCAAAAAAAACUAAGACAUGGUAUGACUAUUAUAGAUGUUUAUUCCUUUAGGCUUAUGUAAGGCUCCCCGGAUCUUCUAAACCCUAAGUGAAAAUGUAACUCCAACAGGGAACAAUAUCGAUUAGACAAAAAGAAAAAUAAUAUUAUAUGAUCCUGGUUUAGGCACAUGUCCUUGCCAUAAGUAGGUAGAAACAGUAUGGUGAGUGUAUCUCGAAAGUGACCAUUCAACCGCCCCUUGUAAGGGAACAGACAUUCCCGAAUUCCGGAAAUUUUUGCCCGUGGAAUCCGAAAUCCCGGGAUUUGGAAUCCGGAAUCCACGGCGUGGAAUCCAUAAUUCAAUACUAUCUUGGAUUCCCUUUCGUUGAGCAAAUUCAGACAAAAGUUACACCUGUAAGUUCUCUCUAGUUCUUUAUUCUGCGAGCAGAGACCACAUUUUAGCAGUGCGAACUAGCUAUUUUUUGCUCACCGGUUCAAAUCGCGAAAAUUUAAUCUCUGUUCUCUUGGUGCCAGUAGUCCUGUUUGCCAUACUGAAGUUUAAGGAUGAAUUGGAGCAAAUGAGCAGUUCUUGGGGGUGGACGUGUUUCUCUGACCUCCAACUCCGGUUUCGACCUAGUGAACGUGUUUUUCCUUUAUUUGCCCUUCAGUUGUUUUGUCCCGUUUCCUUUUUUUUAAUUUUUCGUCUAUUUGUGCCUGAUUUUUGCCAUUUUAUCAUCCCCUUUGCUCGAGGAGAAAUCUUGUUUAAACAGUCUUUGAAAAAGGCUAUUUUCAGUUCAUAUUAAGUUCUUUCUUUUCCAAUAUUUUCUCCAGUUCUUAAAUUUUUCAGUGAUUCAGGUCUGUUCAUGUGCCUUUUAUAAAAUUUUAUUUUAUUUUUUGUUUGUUUGUUUGUCAUUUUUUAACACUGUUUUCUACUUCUGACUUCAAUAAAAAAAACCUCUUUAAUACUCUUAAUUAAUCUAUAAUGCCUCCUAGCUAGAUAAGCUUUUUAGCUAUUUUCUAAAGGUGGCUUGUAACUUACAUAAGUAGUAUUGUCUUUUCUUAAAGGUCUUUUUCUCUGUUUGUGGUAUAAAUAAGAAUUCUUGUCUUGUCUAAAUACCUGUCUUGAAUGCCAUGUCGGCUUCUGUCUUUUUAGGGCCCAAAGGGCCAAGCCUUAUUUCUGUACACUCGGAUAAUAGGAGAAUUCAUGGCUUGGAGAAAAAAGUCGUGCGGCUUGAAGACAAGGUUACUGUUCUAGAGACGGCGAUGGCAGGAUUGGCAAGAAGAAUUCUGGAUGUUGAGCAGAAUACAGGUCUGAAUUACAGAAGAGUUUUCUUUCAUUUCCUUCAUAUUUUAAUUCCAUUUUUUAACCUUAGUGAAGGGUUCAUGUUGUCUAGUAACUGUUUGUUAAUUUUCUUUGGCUCGUACUUGUUUGUUUACUGGGAUAUACUGGGUGAGAGGAUCUAUAAAAAACAAAUCUUUUCAGCGUCUAAAUUUUUAUCAACCUGUCAGGAGCCAUCUCAUGCAAAGUGUAUUACCAGCCAUCAUUGCAUGCAAGACAAAGUGCAUCACUGAAGCACACAGUCCUCGGUGUGGACAGUACCUUGUGCAUGCGUACAGCCAUAUUAACCUGCGCAACUGCCUGAGGCACUGGCCAGGCCGUGGCUUGAUGUAUGUGUGCCCCUUUUUUUUGAGUUUGUGAAUAUUGCAUAGUUUAACUUUUGAACAUAACCAGAUUGGCUAUAAGUGAAUCCGUGUUCAUUUCUUAUCCUUGGUUAUUGUUAUUGUAAUGAAUCUGUCACUUCCGGUUUUAGAUCAUCCCAUACCAACAACUCCAACCCUUGUUCCUCCCUCAAAUGUGGUCAAGCUUCAACAUAAACAUCCAAUAAACAAUCAGCAACAAACAACUGUUUACAUAACAAAAGAAGUGAGUGCACCACCACAAACAGUCGCGCCUCAGAAUGGCCCUCAGAAGAUUGUCAUACCAAUUUCCUCACUGCGUUCCGCAGAAGGGAGGGGUGUAAGCACCUAUCCAGCGUCCAUACAGGAAAUUGACGAUAAUAAAGAGAUGGAAGGUGAGGUUACAAUAACACACCGUCAACGAUCACGUGCUCACGAUGCAUCAAAUUUUACUAUGGGAUUGUUUUGGGUCAAACUUUAAACUAGACUCUUUCGCAAUGAAAGAAGUAAUACCGUCCUCAAAAUAGUCCCAUGGUGCAAUAGGCCUUUUGCAACAGUUGGUCACAUGAUCAACUUUCAUUAAACACGAAAACAGUUCACUUUUGGGAAUUUUGUUAGCAGGAACUGAAAGAGCAUGUGAAAAUUAGGUGACCUGUUAAUUUUCAGCCUUAUAUCCAAAAAGUAGAGAUGUGUGCAACGGCCGCCGAAACGUAAAAGGAUUUGUAUGAGAAAGACAACUCUUGCCACCCAGCCACUGUUAAGUGGUCCUUGUAAAGAGUUCAAAUUUUCUGUUAUGAAAAAAGAAAAUUUUGGCUCCGUUAUGCUUAAGGAAAUAUUUUACUACAUUUUGAAAGUUUCGAAAUUUACAAGGAUUUGUAUGGAAUGCAACAAAAGCCCAUAUCCCCCCUUGUAGUUGUAUUAGAAAAACAAAUGGUUAUUAAAAAAUCCCAUUUCAGACGAUAUCCGCUCAGAAAAGAGGUUAGAGGACAGUACACAUGUGACUGUACCACUUGCUCCAUCAGCUUCACCCAGCUCUCAGGCUCAGGCAAUAGUGAGACCUGUUGUGAACAUUAUCGUUCCAAACAAUCGAGCAGACGAGCUGUCAACAGAAGGUCAGUAUAACAUGUUAACCAGGGGCGAAGCUAUCUGUAUGCCGAUACGCACGUACGUAUCUGAAAAAAUGUCUAAGACAAAUAGAAAAUAGUGGAACAAAACAAAGUGCAGAAGGUAAAAACGAAGAGAGGAACAACGGUGCAAGGAACGAAAAUAUAAUAGUCGUCCGCGGGAAGACGAUUAGGCAGACAGUGCGUAAGUAGUAUAGAACACACCAAAUUAACCCCUUUUUUGCGGGGGAUAUCAUUAUCUUACGGGAAACACGUUACUGCCGAUGACGACAUAACUUUUUUCCUUUAUCUCAUGGAUGAAAUGUGGUGGAUUCUCCUCAUCUCCCAUUUUGUCUAUUUCUAAUACAAUAGAAACAAACGACCUGCCUGGGCUUAUACCCGAACCGGAGGUAAGAGUGUGAAUUAUUUUAAGGAAGGAACCGGCGCUAACUUUAAAAAUCACUAAGUCGUAACGUAAUUAUCCAAGUUCUAGUUCCUGCCGCUUUCAUUGCACAACAAAUUGUUCGAGUUCAGGUUCCCUGAUUCCUGGCGGUCAUUCCUUCCAAGGAAUAAUUCAUAGACUUCAUACUCUAACUUUCGGUUCGGGUAUAAGCCUAGGGAGGUCGUUUGUUCUAUAGAGCGUUUUCACAUGACGUCAAGGCGGCCAAAUUGGUGUUCCAAAACAGUAAAACUGCGGCCAUAUUGGUGUACCAAGACAAUCCUCUGGGAGUUUAACUCUUUUCUCAUGUAAAUUGCCUUCUUUUGUUCCAAUAAAUUAGUAUAGAUGCUGGCCGCGUGAGUGAAAACGCUCUAUUGUAUUAGAAAUACACAAUAGGGAAGAUAGUGAGAAUCCACUGCAUUUUAUUCAUGAGAAAAAAAGGUUAUGACGUCAUCGGUGGUAAUGUAUUCCCCCACAAGACAAUGAAAUUCCCUCGUAAAAAAGGGCAAAACUCGGUGCAUCCUAUACUACUUGCAUACCUCUGGAAAAUUCUAGCUACGCUACUGUCAGGGGUACCCAACUACCGAACGUUAACUACGUCAGAAGUGUAUUUUCAGUGAAAAUGUGAAAAACAAAAUCUCCGAUAAUAGUACGUAAGUUUCUGUCGUAGGAAAACUCCGAAUAUCUUUUCAUGAACGAAUGGAACAGUUUUUCAGAAAUGUUUUAGGCUUUUCUCGAGCGUAGAAUUUUCUACGCAAUAUUUGCUCCGACGAAAAUUUAUCUUACAGAAAAAAAUUGUUGGGUGCCCUUUUGCAGUCACAAUCUUGGGUAAAAGAGAAUUCUUGUUUUUUUCAAGAGUAGUUAGGAUCGUCAUUAUUUGCAAACCAAAACAUACGACUCAGGAAAUUUUGUUUUGCAGCUACUUGUCUACCAAGAUGUCAAAAUGGUGGAAGGUGUCUGGAGGGAAAAACCUGUAGAUGCCCAACCUUUUUCUCGGGAGUUCAUUGUGAAAAGUUCUCUCUUAAAGACCUUCUGGAAAGCCCUAAACUUCGAGAAAGGACCAAUAGAAAGCUCAGAAGAGUGGUGUUAUCGGAAUUACCAGAUCAACAGGAUCUGGAUGGGACUGUUAGCUUGGAUUCAGGAUCCCCUGCAGUAGAAUACAGGAAUUUUGAUCAGAUUGAAGAACCUGAUAAAGUCCUUAUUGCUCAGCAAAAGCCUAUUGAUUUGACGCCUCCAAGAAACAGUGCAGAUGCCCAGGGUGUAACCAGAAGAAGACAAUUCAUUCUCGAGAUCUGA